AUGUUCACGGGUGGCUGGUACCGAGUCAAAAACAUGACCACAGAAGGAGUGUGCGGUAAUGCCUUCGGAUUUACGAUCCCAACAGCCCACGGCGACGUGAAAAAUGAUAACACGACCAUGCGUGGCUUUGUCGAAGGCUACGAAGGCGUCCUCAAUUUGGCCGCUUGCAGGCUGGAGUCAGCUACUGGGCUGUACGAAGUAUCAAUCUCACAUGGUGCGGUGGCGCCCAAGCAUCCUGUACGACCUACCAUUCUCGCCAUUGCCAACAACACCCAAGCGCAACCUACCUUACCAUGGACAGAAGAUCACUUCUCCACGCUGUUCGGGAUUUCUGACUUCUUCAUGAAUAGGUACUCCAGCGGAAGUCAAUUCCUCAGCCAGAAAUCAUUGACAGUGAGCUCAUGCGAGCACUAUCUUCAAUACGAAGAAAUCGGUAACACCAGUUGCUCCUCCUUCACCGAUUCAUGGCAGUCGACGCUAGACUUGCUGAACGAGCUCAUGUCCCGACUCGGAGUUGACGCAGCUCAAAGUUACGAUGCAUCGAAGCUGCUGGGCGAUAUGGAUCCAGGCAUGGAAAUCUAUUAG